GCAGGAGCUGUCAGUCUGAAAGAGGACUGCAAUGGUGGGCGUCUGUGAGCUACAGAUACACCAUACGCAUUCAACACAGCGGAGAGAAGACUCUCCCCGGCAGCUCGCAGCUGAGAGAUUGUGCAAUGCAAUGCAAUGUGGCAAUCCUGGCAAUCUUUGCAAUUAUCAGCUUGCAGUUUAUGACCUUGAUCUGCGCCCCUUGAAAUCCAGGGAUUUGGUAUGGAGUUGGAGUGAAGAUUGCUGCUCUAUGCAGACAGACGAAAGUUUCAUGUACGUUGGCCAUCGGAAGAUCUCUGCCUCCGAAUGAGAAAGUGGUCUUUCAGCAAGUAGUCGGAAGGAAGCGGGAGCCAAGCGAGAGUCUGGAGCAGAAAGGUGCCAAGUGCACACAAGAGAAGGAGACACAAGAGGAUAAGUAUAGACUUCAACUAGAAGCUGCCAAGUACAUACAGGAAAAGUGUCACCAAGAGAGUAAAGGACGUUGUUGUAGAGAGUGUGGAGAGAAUGGGUGUCAAGCUGCACGUGCGCGUGGAGGAGGCACGCAACCUGGCAGCAAAAGAUUCAAAUGGUCUUAGCGACCCGUACGUGCGACUGCAGCUCGGGGCGUCUAAGGCAAAGUCCAAGAUCAUCUACAAGAACCUGAAUCCCGUCUGGAACGAGGAAUAUUUCUUCAACGUCGAGGACCCCUUGUCGGAGCAGCUACACAUAACGGUCUGGGACAGCGACUUUGGACUAUCGGACGACUUUCUGGGCCAGUUGACACUGCCCCUGUCAGACGUACAUGAGGCAGAGAACAGGUCGAUCGACACCUGGCAUACUCUCGAGCACCGGAAGGCAAAGGAAGUAGUGUCAGGCGAGAUCCGGCUGACCCUCUCCCUGAUCGGCAAGUUCGAACGUUCCACCAGCGAUUCCAGCGCAAAGGGAGGCUCCUCUUCUUUCUCUCGCCGGCCCUCCAUCUCCCCCUCCUCCAACCAAAUGUCCCACUCCCAAACCUUUUCGGGGGCUACCGACCAUGCCACGCCCCUGCUGAGCCCCACCCCCCCAAAACGGGGCCUCUUUUCGCGGCGCUUCUCGAGGGCGGAAAGCAGCAGGAGCGGCCAUCUGAAUCGGACAGAAUCCACGAGUUCGACGGGAAGCUCGGUGCUAGAGUUCGACGGGGAGUUGGCGCCUGAGUCGUUCUGGGAGGACGACGGGAAGGCGUUCGAGACGCCUGUGGAGAUGCCCCCGCCUCUGGCGGGGGGGGUGGUAGCGGACCGGGUCUAUAAGGUUAGUUGCAAGGACAUGCACGGCAUCCUCUUCGCAAACGGGUCUGAGUUUCAGACGAAGCUGUUUCGCGCGUGCAAUUGGACCCGGGGCAGCACCGAGCCGUGGCAUGAAGGCGAAGGGGGAUACACCCGGCGCGUAACUUACCUCACCGCGCCCAGCAGCCUUAUCAAGGGUGUCAAGGCCACUGAGAUACAGGAGUAUUCCAACUCUGGGCAUGGCGGGUACGUCGUCGACAUUACGAAGUCGACUCCGGACGCUCCGUACGGCGGCACGUUCCGGACACGUGUCCAGGUGUGCGUGUUUCCCGGGCUGGAGGACCCUCACCAGACAGCAUGUGUUCGCAUCUCGUACGAGCCGGAAUUUCUGCAGACGACGUCGCUGCGGGGCGUCAUCGAGAAGGGCAUGGCGCAGGGCAUGAAGGAGACGUAUCAGCUGUUCUUAGAUACCCUGGACUUCUUCGCCCCUCCGGUCACCCCGCCCAACGCGCUCCAAAAGGCGGUCCACUCCAGUCGCUUCCAGCAAUUCCAGGAGCGCUUCUACGUCUUUGCCGCCGCCGCUUCGGGCUUUUUCCUGUUCCUUUUCUGCAUCCAUAUCGCUCUAGUGGGCCGGAACCGCACGCCACGCGGGUUAGAGCCUUACCUGCUCGGGUUAGAUCUACCCGACUCGGUUAGGGAGCUGGUGCUGACGUGGCUCGUGGUGGCGCUCGCGCACAUCGUGCUGGUCAAGGUGGAGGUCCAGGCGCGCGCGCGCCUCCUCAAAUUCGGCGACCACGGGAUCCGCGCGCAAGGGGAGGGCUGGCUGCUCACGGUCGCCCUCAUCGAGGGCGUCAACCUGCCCAAGGCUGACGUCACGGGCUUCAGCGAUCCGUACGUGGUGUUCACGUGCAACGGCAUGAGCCGGACCAGCUCGGUUAAGCUGCAGACGCUUAACCCGGAAUGGAACGACAUCCUGGAGUUCGACGCCACAGAGGACCCCCCGACGCUGAUGACCCUGGAGGUGUUCGACUACGACGGGCCGUUCUCGGAGGCGGAGCUGCUGGGCCGGGCAGAGGUCAACUUUUUGAAGCGCAGCGGCGGUGAGCUGGCAGACCUGUGGAUCGACCUGGAGGGGCGGCGCGCCAAGGCGGCGAACAGCCGGCUGCACAUGCGGGUCGUGCUCACCAACACGGUCAACGACUCCGGGGACUCCGAGUCUUACGUUAGCUCCAAGCUGCUUGAGAAAGUCAAGUCGGAGACGGGACGCGCGCUGACGCACAGCGACAGUAAGCGAAACGAGGCCUUCCAGCGGCUCUUCCAUCUGCCCGAGCACGAGACGCUGAUCAACGACUACGUAUGCGCCGUCAAGAAGAAAUUCAAUCUGCAGGGCCGCGUGUUUCUGUCCCCCCGCCAGCUCGCCUUCUACAGCAACAUCUUCGGCCACAAGACGCAGUUCAGCAUCGCGUGGGAGGACAUCGACGAGAUCCGCGAGAACAGCACCUCGGUUAGCAAGUUCACCCGGCUGCUUAACCCGUACGUAACCCUGUACGCGCGCAAGGGGCGCGCCCUGGACGCAAAAGCGGGGUCGUACGGCGUCGACAACAAGGGGCGGCUCAAGUUCCGCUUCCAGUCGUUCGUCAAGCCGGGGCCGGCCCUGCGGACGAUCCAGGUGUUGUGGAAGAACCGCGCGUGCUCGCCCGAGCAGUGCGCGGCGAAAGUCGCGGAGGCGACCAAGCACCUGACGACCAGCUCGGACGACACCGUCUCGACGGACGGGUCCGAAGACGGGCCGUUCCUGGCGCUCGAAGAGCCCGAGAUGACGCUGGCGUCCGAGAUCGACGUGCCGAUUGGGAAGGCCGCGCUGUGCCGCAUGUUCGAAGAGGACCAGCUGGACGAGCGCGUCGCGACCGCGCGCGGCCUCGUCUACUACGAACACACGCCCUGGGAGCAGCUGGACGACCGCACGCCGCCCACGUUCCGGCGAGAGGUGUCGUACUCGUACCCUCGCCGAGUGUGCCCGUUCGGCAGCCGCGUGACGUCACUGUGCCAGCUCACCAAAGUGAGCGACGAGCACACGAUCAUCGAGGAGAUCUCGACGCUGCACGACGUGCCGUUCGGGAACCUGUUCCAGGUGCAGACGAAGAGAGUCGUGACAGGCAUUGGGCCCAGCAAGACGCACAUUCAGGCGCUCGUGGGCGUGAGCUUCCACCGCAAGACCCGCUUCCAGAGCCGUAUCCGCUCUAGCGUGCUGCAGCACAACGUGCGGGACCUCACCGAGACCGCCAAUAUUAUCGUCACCGAAGUCAUUAAGUCGGUGCAGUGCGGCGAGGGCCCGAUUGUCACUGGGCGAAAAUAAGCUCCCGCAAGAGUGCUUAUUCUUCUGCAUUCAGCGGAAAAUGUUCCUGUAGAUAAAUACCUCGGUUUGACACAGCGGCGGCUGUGUACGGUCAGCCUGUCGGUUGUUAGUAGGAGAUUCUCUGGGGGUGUAAAUCUUUGCGUUAUUGUAUACUCUCUGGAACCGAAGGUCUUUUGGGGCUGGCAGCUUGCCAGAGCCAAGAGGCGCGGCAAGGGAUGAGACUAAUUCAAUCAUUAGGUCCAAAGUGCGUCCGCAUGUUUCGACACGAAAAUCGGAUGGACCCUCAUUGUUGUUGGCCGCUAAUAUGGCCCAUGC